AUUGACAAGACUUUUAACAAUUAAGAUUUUGUCCGCUUGAAAUGAAGGAUAAAAAUAUCAGUGGGCUACUAAAAAGACUGUCCAUCGCCCGGGGCAAAUACUUGUCCCGCAUGCCCUUGUAGAACCGAAAGCGGUUGCUAGCGCGUAUUGUAAUUCCCUAUUGUUUACUUCGCUCACCUUUUACAAACGGAAUUAUGGUAGCACUGAGGUACUAGCAGUUAAGUUAUAACUUUAAGAAUAAUAAAAAAACGUCAAAUCUCUGCAGUGCAGCAUGCAGUGUUAUUAAAUCAAUAAACAAGGAAUUAGCAACGUCUUGAAGAAAACAGCUGAGAUGCCUGGAAGCUCAAACGCUGUCUGCGGCGGUUUGGGUCGUCUGUGAGAGCGCCUCUUCUGCCGCUGCCGCAGCAACUCGCAAGUCCGCAACCAGUAUUCGUUUGGAAAGUGUAGAUGGACGCCGACGAGGAGACGAUGUCUGAGGUGAAAGAAGAAUUUACGGGGGAUAUGUUGCCUGGGAUCGGGCCUCUGGAGGAAAUUUUAACAAUUAUAGGCCUUCUGUACGCUGGGAAGGUAAUCAUUUAUGCGCUGUGGGAUCUCCUGGUAGGCUUCAGAGCUCAUGUUUGGUCCAGGUUGUGGAAAAAACGUCUCGUUGAGAAGUACGGGAAGUGGGCAGUUGUUACUGGAAGUACUGACGGAAUUGGAAAAGAGUAUGCACGACAGCUGGCAAAGGAUGGAAUGAAUAUAGUCCUUGUAUCCCGAACAAUGGAAAAACUGCAGAAAGUAUCAGCGGAAAUAGUGGAAGAAACUGGAGUUGAAAUAGAAAUUGUGCAAGCUGACUUUUUGGAUGGUCGAAUUAUUUAUGAUGAUAUUGCCAAGCAUCUUGAGAACAAGGAAAUAGGAAUAUUAGUAAACAACGUGGGUGUCAUGCUUCCAAACCCAAUGGACUUUCGCUGUGUAUCUGACCGGGAAAUCUGGAGUCAUGUAAAUGUUAAUGUUGCCUCUGUCCCUGCAAUGACCAAGUUGGUUCUUCCUUCAAUGAUUUCCAGAGGAAAGGGAGCCAUUAUUAAUAUUGCAUCUAUUGCUGCUUCAGGCCCUAUUCCUCUUAUGGGAAUUUAUGCUGCCUCUAAGACAUUUGUUGACUAUUUUUCUCAAGCUUUGGAAUGGGAGUGUCGUGGAACUGGGAUCACUGUGCAAACUGUAAAUCCAGGUUAUGUGUCAACUAACAUGACUAGUAUGUCAGAUUUAAUUCACAGACCAGGUAUUUUGAUACCAACAGCAAGAACCUUUGUGACGCAUUCACUCAGUACAUUGGGGUAUACUGCUCGAACAAGUGGCUAUUGGGUUCAUGGUAUUCAGACUCACUUCGUGCAGAAUUUCAUCUCUACCUGGGUUUUCAAAUAUUGUAUGUACCUAUUCAAUUGCCUCAUUGUGAAGAACUUGAAGAAAAAUCAGGAAAAUCCAGCAACUGAAUCAAGAAAUACACCAGAUGAACUAAGGAAUGUACCGGGUGAAACAAAUAUACAAGCUGAACCAAAAGAUGUACCAGGUGAAUCAAAAAAUAUGGCAGAAGAACCAAGAAGUGCACCAGUUGAACCAAGAAGUUCACCAACUGAACAAAGGAAUUUACCAGAGGAACUAAAAAAUGCACCAACUGAACAAAUUAAUGUACCAGCUGAGCCUGGGAGAACAGGUCAAUGACUUA